CCAAGGACAGGGCAGGGGGAGAGCGGCUUCAGAACAGCACCAAGGACAGAGCCCGCAUCGUCAGCCAGCAGCCCCAGCGCACAACAUGCCCAAAGGCUUCUUAGUCAAGAGGAGCAGGAAGUCCCCGCCGGUGUCCUACCGAGUCCGGGACGAGGAUGGAGACCGCGGAGAGCUCACCCCGAGCUGGCUGCUCUUUGCCGUGUCCGGUCAGAAGCCGGCGUUGUGUUCCAGCGGAGGGGCCCCAGCUCCUGCGAGCCCAGACCGAGCUGCCCCGGCUCCCCCUUGCAGCCCUCGGGCGCCCCCAGCCGGCCAGUUCGGAAACCCAGAGUCUGUUCAGCAGGCUCUGUCCAGCCCGACCCGACCGGUCAGCAGGGAGUACCUGGACCGCGGCUUCAGCCUGGGCUCCCCGGUGUCCGCAGAGUCCUUCCCGUCCUUAGUGAGCUCCAUGGAGCCGCUGCUUUACCAGCCCAACGAGCUGAAGAUGAGCUCCACGGGCACCGUUCCCCCUGCCAGCAGCAGGAGCCACGCCAAGAGGCCGCUGCCCCACGAAGCCAACCCCGCCGGGCUCCCCGCUCCCCCGCAGCCUCCGCACAAGCCGCCCGCGGCCAAGAAAACCAAAGCCAUCCGCAAGCUGACCUUCGAGGACGAGGUGACCACCUCUCCCGUCCUCGGCCUCAAGAUCAAGGAGGGCCCCGUGGAACCCCCGCGGCCGUCCAGCUCGGGUCCCCGACCCUUAGGGGAGUUCAUCUGCCAGCUGUGUAAGGAGCAGUACCGGGACCCCUUCUCCCUGGCCCAGCAUAAGUGCUCCCGCAUCGUGAGAGUGGAGUACCGCUGCCCGGAGUGCGACAAGGUCUUCAGCUGCCCAGCCAACCUGGCCUCCCACCGCCGCUGGCAUAAGCCCCGGGUUCCGGCCCUGCCCGCCAAGGACGAGCCACUCAGCGACCGCGAUACCCCGAGCCCCGGCGCCUCCGAAUCCGGCUCUGAGGACGGCCUAUACGAGUGCCCGCGCUGCGCCAAGAAGUUCCGACGCCAGGCCUACCUCAGGAAGCACCUGCUGUCCCAUCAGCCCGAGGAGCUGGCCUUCCCGCCCGAGGACCGGGCCGCCAAGAGCCCGGGGCCCGUCAACCUGAGCAGCAGCGCAUCCGAGUGCCACCCGUGCCCGGUGUGCGGCGAGAACUUCCCGGGUAAGAGCAGCCAGGAGCGCCACAUCCGCCUGCUGCACUCCGGCCAGCUGUACCCCUGCAAGUACUGCCCGGCCACCUUCUACAGCUCGCCCGGCCUCACCCGCCACAUCAACAAGUGCCACCCGUCCGAGAACAGGCAGGUGAUCCUGCUGCAGGUGCCCGUGCGCCCGGCCUGCUGACAGCCCAAAGACUGGGGGGUGCCACGGCCGCCCUGGACCCAUGGACAGGCUGGGUUGGGGUAACAGUGCUUGCCAGGCUCGGCAGGUAAACCCAUAAUAUGCCGCCAGGCAACAGGAGAGGGCAUGCGGGCAGCUGCACAAGGACUCCGGGCCACAGGCUGUGGACGCUGACCCCGUCUAUGGGCCGAUUCAGCAAGCCCUAAGGAUUUGAUUGUCAGCUCUGUGGUUCACCUCUGCCCGCUGCACAUGAGGGAGGAUACCUGCCUGCUGAACAAACUGUGCCUUUCCUGAUGCAAGCAAUGCCGGCCCCGAGCUGCCAAAUCAACACAAGCAGCCAUAGCUUGAAGUGCAUUAAAUGUGGUUAUUGUGCUUUAAUGGCAGACAGCUUCAUUGUGGGGGAUCUGAGGGGAGAGAGCACUUUUGGUUCCAUUGUGUAAGUGUCUGUAGACUUUAUGUUUGUUUGAUCAGAUUAGAUCUGUGCUGAUCUUUGUGCCCAUUGGUUAGGAGGGGGCAAUGCCAACGGGGCAACACAACUAGUCCGGGUGCCCAUCGGCAGCAAUGACUAUACAAAGUAUGGGAAUUCAGCAAGGGUGCUAUCAGGUAAUAGGACGGCGGGCGCGCUAACAACCAAGCCAAGCUAUACUUGCUGAUGCCUCCAAUGCCCAUAUUCCAAGCACCCAGCUUAACCCUUUCACUGCCAUAAUAAUAAUGUGCUUUAACUGCCGCUAGUCUCUGCUGCUGGUGCUUUAGUGUGAUGGGAUUUGGCUUGUAAGGGAAUGCAUGCGUUCAGCAUGGUAUGGCGCCAGUCUCUUACCAGUUUCAGUUGUGUUGUUCCAGUUGCCCCCUUUGCUGUUCUCAUUGUCAGUGAUGCAGACAUGUGAAGGUGUUGUCUAUCACUGUGUUUGUAAGUGGUCACUCCAAGGGGCAUCGGCCUGGGUAUCCAUGGCAUCUGUCAACUUGUCUUUUUAUUGUAGGUUUAAAAGAAAAAAAAAAAAAGCGUACUCACAUCAAAAAGGUUCUUUUCAUGUAUUUUGGUGUGCUUAACCCAAUAAAUGCUAGCAUUUAACUCUUUCAGCUCCGCAGGGGGACAAUCACCUUACGGGUUGGAAAGGGUUACUUGCAGGGUUGGUUCUUUGUGACUCUGUUAGUCCUUGUGUUGUCAUUUGGGCUCUUCUGCUAGCCGUAGACUAGGGGUUAAGGUCUUCAACAGCUUUUGUCUCCUGUGAUUGUUUUUUUUAUUGGCUCCCUGGCUCUUGUCUUAUUAAUGUGUUUUAUUUUCAGCCUAAGGGUUAAUAUUUUCAGUCUUUUCUGAGAAAUACUGCCUUCUUUCACAGCCUUCAGAUGGAACGAACUUUUUGAUUAGCUUUAUAAUGGCUCGUGAACUGCUGGAUAUUCUUUAUAUUUUCUGUGAACAAAAUCAAAAUUGCUUGGGGUGAUGUGGGGUGGGGGCGCGAUAUUACUUUAGACUUAGCCACAAAUGCCUUGAAGUCGUUGUCUUUAUAACUCUAGAAAAAGCAAGCUGCCUUUUACCACUUUCUCUGAUUUAGGGGCCAGCAGUUCAUCCCCAUAAACAGGGAUUUAACUAUAUUAU